AUGCAGAAUGAAAAAGAAGAGAGGUUUGAGGAUUGGAAAGGUAGAGAGGCAAUCCCUGGCAAACAUGGUGGGAUCGGACCGGCAUCUAUUGCUUGUGUUGUAGCGAUGAUGGAAAACAUAGUGUUCGUUGCGAAUGGAUUCAAUUUUGUUGAAUACUUCAUGAGCUCGAUGCAUUAUUCACCAGCCACAGCAGCAAAUAUGGUCACUAACUUUAUGGGAACAACGUUUUUGCUCACUCUUGUUGGUGGUUUCAUUGCUGACUCUUUCCUCACUCAUUUCACAACUUUCAUCAUCUUUUGUUGCUUGGAACUCAUGGGAUUGAUCUUGCUAACAUUCCAAUCAUAUAACUCCAAGCUCCAGCCUGAGAGUGAUAAAACACCCUCAACUCUUCAGGCAACGAUUCUUUUUACAGGACUUUAUGCGAUGGCUUUUGGUGCUGGUGGUAUCAAAGCCUCGUUGCCCACCCAUGGAGGCGAUCAACUUGACAGGAGGAAUCCAAGACUGAUCUCAAGAUUCUUUAAUUGGUAUUACUUCUCUAUAUGCAUUGGAUGCAUCUUGGCAGUAACUAUUCUGGUGCCAAUCGAGGAGAGCAAAGGUUGGUUUUGGAGCUUUACUAUCUCAGUCGGGAUUCUAGCCCUUGGACUCUUUAUUUUCAUGGCAGGGUUACCGUUUUAUCGAUUCAAGUCUCCUACUGGAAGUUCAUUGAAAAGGAUCACAAAAGUGAUUGUUUCUGCUGCACGAAACCAAAAUAAGUCUGAUUUGGAUGAGGAGUUGAUGCAGAGUCUUAUCUGUACAGACGAGGGCAUUUCUCAUACCAAGUUAAAGUGUUUAGAUAAAGCAAUGUUGAACAAAAACAUCUCAGCAAUAGAAGUUGCGGAAACAAGAACAUUUUUGGGUCUCCUACCAAUCUUUUUUAGCACGAUUGCUAUGAACUGCUGCUUGGCACAACUAUCGACCUUCUCAGUACAACAAGGCAUGAUCAUGAAUAGAAAACUCUUUGGUUCCUUCGAGAUCCCCGCGCCUUCUCUGGUCGCUAUUCCUCUAAUCCUCAUGAUUUUAUCUAUACCUUUAUAUGACUAUUUUGGCAAAAGGAUCUCAUCAGACAUAUCACCAAGCUUCAAUUUAAAACGCAUAGGUUAUGGCCUAGCUCUCUCAUCUCUUUCGAUGGUGAUUGCAGCGAUUGUGGAAACGGUGAGGAAAUAUCAAGCGGUUCACAACGACUUCAAAAUAUCUGUUUUAUGGCUAAUGUGUCAGUAUCUGAUGCUAACUGCGUCUGAUGCGUUGACAUUUGGAGGGAUGCUAGAUUUCUUUUAUAGAGAAGCUCCAUCGAACAUGAAGAGUAUGAGCACGGCAUUGGGCUGGUGCUCGUCCGCAUUUGGUUUCUUCCUUAGCACAGCUCUUGUGGAGGUCACUAAUACCAUCACAGGUUGGCUUGGCCAUCAAUGGCUUGGUGGAGAAGAUCUCAACGAGACAAGACUUGAACUGUUUUAUGUGGUCCUUUUUGUUCUUAAUACUCUUAAUCUUCUUAACUAUAUUUUCUGGACAAAGAGAUAUUAAGCGAAAAAUCACAAAGUAUCAUAUAUCUAUGAAUUAUGUCAAAAUGUCCAUGAGAUAUAGUUCUAGUAUUAUCGAGUAUGUUGUGCUGUUUUGA